CAGGAUACUCCUCAGGGAGCACAUCCGGUGGCGUUUCCUGUGUUUGUAAACUGAAAGAAAUUGGAACUCGGGUGACGAGCCACGACAGACGAGGAAAAUUAAAGUUUUAGUGCUAGAUGAGUGAGGUGGGUGUGGCCUCCCAUCAGACUGACCAUCCUGAUUGACGGAUUCCUGGAUGACCUUGUCCCCGCCCCCGUYCCCGCCCUCACAUACACCGUUCCCACUGCAAUGUCACAUCUGCCCAGCAGCUCAGUCCGAGAUCAUAUGAAAUGGGCGGGGUUGCUUGGCUGUGAGGCUGUUCUCUCAAGUAUGGCCCUGAUGCAGGCCAGCUCCAUGGCCGGUCCGCCCAAGAAGAUGAUGGCUCCGCUCGGACAUGGACCACCACCCCAGAGGGAUGGCCCAGACCGCGGUCCUCAGAGCCACAUGAUCCUGCCAUCUGGAAUGAGCUGUCCACCCCUGCUUAUCCGGAAGGAGGGCGACUUCCACACCCCCCGCCUGCUGGACGAGAAGGAAAUGAGGGCCAACGAAGACAUGCAGCUGAAAAAGAAGAACAGGAAGUCAGGAACGCCCUGUAAAGUGAGAGAGCAAGACGGGAGGGGAGGGAAGGUGGUUGUUGUGGAUGAGAAUGGUAACUGUCCAAUAUCUAAAGUGCAGAAAAACUUCAUCUGCAAUCACUGUUAUGGUGCAUUUAGGAGUGGAUAUCACCUGAAGAGACACAUCCUCAUUCAUACAGGGGAGAAGCCGUACGCUUGUGGCAUAUGUGACAUGAGAUUUAUUCAGCGUUACCACCUGGAGAGACACAGCCUGAUUCACACGGGGGUGAAGCCGUACGCUUGUUCCAUGUGUGACAUGAGGUUUUUCCAGCGUUACCACCUGGAGAGACACAGCCUCACUCAUACGGGGGUGAAGCCGUAUGCAUGCAACAUGUGUGACAUGAGGUUCUUCCAGCGUUACCACCUGGCGAGACACAGCCUCACUCAUACGGGGGUGAAGCCAUACGCUUGCAACAUGUGUGACAUGAGGUUCUUCCAGCGUUACCACCUGGCGAGACACAGCCUCACUCAUACGGGGGUGAAGCCGUACGCUUGUUCCAUGUGUGACAUGAGGUUUUUCCAGCGUUACCACCUGGCAAGACACAGCCUCAAACAUACGGGGGUGAAGCCGUACGCUUGUUCCAUGUGUGACAUGAGGUUCUACCAGCGUUACCACCUGGCGAGACACGGCCUCACUCAUACGGGAGUGAAGCCGUACGCUUGUUCCAUGUGCGACAUGAGGUUUAUUCAGCGUUAUCAACUGGAGAGACACAGCCUCACUCAUACGGGGGUGAAGCCAUUUGGUUGCACCAUGUGUGACAAGAGGUUCUUCCAGCGCUACCACCUGGCAAGACACAGCCUCACUCAUAUGGGUGUGAAACCUUACGCUUGCACCCUGUGUAACAUGAGGUUUGUUCAGCGCUACCACCUGACAAGACACAGCCUCAAACAUACGGGGGUGAAGCCGUACGCUUGCACCAUGUGUGACAAGAGGUUUUUCCAGCGAGACCACCUGCGGAGACACAGCGUCACUCAUAUGGCGGUGAAGCCGUUCGCUUGCACCAUGUGUGACAAGAGGUUUUUUCAGCGCCACCACCUGCAGAGACACAGCAUCACUCAUAUGGGGGUGAAGCCGUACGCUUGCACCAUGUGUGACAAGAGGUUUUUUGAGCGCCACCGCCUGCGGAGACACAGCAUCACUCAUAUGGGGGUGAAGCCGUACGCUUGCACCAUGUGUGACAAGAGGUUUUUUCAGCGCCACCACCUGCGGAGACACAGCAUCACUCAUAUGGGGGUGAAGCCGUACGCUUGCACCAUGUGUGACAAGAGGUUUUUUCAGCGCCACCACCUGGCGAGACACAGCGUCACUCACAUGGGAGUGAAGCCGUAUGGUUGCACCAUGUGUGACAAGAGGUUUUAUCAGCGCCACCACCUGGCGAGACACAGCGUCACACAUAUGGGGGUGAAGCCAUACGGUUGCACCAUGUGUGACAAGCGGUUUUACCAGCGUUACCUCCUGGCAAGACACAGCCUCACUCAUUUGGGGGUGAAGCCAUAUGGUUGCACCAUGUGUGACAAGAGAUUUUACCAGCGAUACCACCUCUCAAGACACAGCCUCACUCAUUUGGGUGUGAAACCUUACGCUUGCACCAUGUGUGACAUGAGGUUUGUUCAGCGCUACCACCUGACAAGACACAGCCUCACUCAUACGGGGGUGAAGCCGUAUGCUUGUUCCAUGUGUGACAUGAGGUUUAUUCAGCGUAACCACCUGGAGAGACACAGCCACACUCAUACGGGGGAGAAGCCGUUUGCUUGUGACAUGUGUGACAUGAGGUUUAUCCAGCGUUACCAUCUGGAGAGACACAAGCGUGUCCACAGCGGAGAGAAGCCUUAUCAAUGUGAGCGAUGCCAGCAGAACUUCUCGCGGACGGACCGGCUGUUGCGACAUCGGCGGCUGUGCCAGGGCCGUGGUGUGGCCAAGGUGGAGAACCAGCCGUGCUGCGAGCCCCGCCCUUACUCCCAGGAGCCCCCACCUGCUCCACCCACCUGGAGCCCCCUUCACCCACCUCCUGGUCGACUGGCUGUCUGACUGACAUUCCCCCCAUCCUCCCUCCCUCCACACACACACACACCAUCUCCCAGAGAGACAGGACAGGCCACCUAGUCUCACUCAACCCUGCACUCAGUGGCGCCACACUCUGGCAAAGACUAAUCCUUCAUCUCGGGUCCUGAGGUUACUAUGACAGCGGGACAGAUGUUUUUGUCUUCUUUUGAGAGCGAGUUUCCUUCAAUAAUCGGUGGUCUAUUUUGUACUUAAUCUAUUUUUUAAAAGUUUUUUAUUAUUAUUUAGAUUUAUCGUUUGUGCUGUUGGUGGUACUCUGGUAAAGGGGGGGGG